AUGGCAGCCAGAAAGACUUGCUGCGAGAGGAGAACCUCCGUGAGCUCCUCCUCCCGCUCUGGCGUGGACCUGGCCUUUGCAGACAGGGCAUCGAUGACAGCAGGGGACGACAGGGCGGAGAUUACGUCGGGGUCAUCCGAGGCCCGUACCAGCGUCGUGAGCGUCUCUGCAGUUAACGACGGCGGCGUCCUUUUCAGCGCAGAAAGACAGGGAUCCAUGUUCAGGGAAAUGUCCUCAGUUGCCGGGGGCUGGCUCUUUGCCCACAACAGUGGGGGAUUUUUUGCUACCCCCAACCUGGGGUGUAAAGCAGCCGGACUUCACCGUGCACAGAAUAGAGCCUAUCUUGGCUGGGACUACUUCCGAGUCCACACCGGUGGCUUUCUGCCGUACAACACACCACAUCAUUGGAACAAGAAGGCGUUGUGA